UCCCCGGUCCAGCAUCUUUGCCGACUCUGCGCAAUCGAUCGGCUUCACCCAUCCAGCAUCCUUGCGCAGGAACUUCGUGGGAAAGGCUUUCGCAGGAAAUCCACGUCCGCCCCAGCCAGCCCGACAUUUGCGGUCUAGAUCAUUGACACGUGGGCCCCACUUUUCCUCAGUUAAAACUCGUGCAUAUCCUCGAGUCGACAACCCACGCAAAACCAAUACCGCGUAAAUAACAAGUCAGACCAUCGAUCGAGCGAAGCUACCUUCCGAUAACGCUGAAAAUAAAAAGAACGGAUUUUGUCAUCUCUUCAUAUCCUCAUCUACAUCUCUUCAACGCCUGCAAUCCGCGUCGGAAUUCCCACCAUGAGUUUCCUCUUCGGCAAGCGAAAGACUCCAGCAGAACUCCUUAGGGAGAAUAAGAGAAUGCUAGACAAAUCUAUUAGAGAGAUAGAGAGGGAGAGGCAAGGUCUACAAACACAAGAGAAGAAGCUUAUUCUUGAGAUAAAGAAAUCUGCAAAGCAAGGGCAGAUGGGGGCUGUGAAAGUAAUGGCAAAAGACCUUAUCAGAACACGUCAUCAGAUCACAAAAUUCUAUGCUCUCAAAUCACAACUCCAAGGAGUAUCUCUAAGAAUUCAGACAUUGAAAUCGACACAAGCGAUGGGUGAGGCUAUGAAAGGUGUCACCAAGGCAAUGGGACAGAUGAAUAGGCAGAUGAACCUGCCAGCAUUGCAGAAGAUAAUGCAAGAGUUUGAGAGGCAAAAUGAGAAGAUGGAGAUGGUGACAGAGGUGAUGGGAGACGCCAUUGAUGAUGCGUUGGAAGGAGAUGAAGAAGAGGAAGAAACUGAAGAACUUGUGAGCCAGGUUCUUGACGAAAUUGGAAUCGACAUUGAUCAGCAGCUCCUCAAGGCACCCUCAUCUGCAGUGGCCGCACCAGCUGCGACAAACAAGGUUGCCCAGGCUGAAGCAACAGGGAAUGAAGAUGGCGGCAUAGAUAAUGACUUGCAGGCCAGGCUAGAUAAUCUCAGAAAGAUGUAGUCUUCUCAUCCUGUCAUCACAUGAGGUGCUAUGCAGCAAUAUCAAUGAAAGCGGUAACUUGGGCCAUGUAAUAUUAGGAAAAUCGUGCCUGCUUUUGCUUGCUGAGUGCUUGAAAUUGACGGAUUUAAUAAAAUCACAUCUCGUGCUGCUUAAUGUGUCA